GCUACGCCUACAACCAGAUAUCCAGACGACUACCUCUCGCACAGCCACAUCAUGUACCUAGUCCGCUAGUCCAUCGUCGUCGUCAUCUAUCUCUCUCUCUCAGCGUAUGAUCACCUCGGAUAUCACUGCUUCGUGCGCAACAUCUCAUUCAAAACCUCAAUAUUAGUGAUUCAGCGACAAUGGAACGGCUUCCUAUCUCUCGAGCUCGGUAUCUGCAGCCCGCACGUCCCGAAAGCCUCGACGUCGCCUUCCUCACCAUUUCGCAAUACAAACACGAGCAAGAGCAUGCAGACACCCUGUUCUUGCUUUGGGAAUGGUGCGGUCAGGUCUACAUAGCCGAAGGAACAUCUUACAGGUUCCUAAUCAUCUUGGCAGACCGCGCCACCACCAUCGAGGUGAUGGCCGAUAUCACCUCGACCGUGAUCGAGAAGGUCCGAUGGUUCAUGCGCAAGCAUCACGAAGUCGGCGCUCGCAGAAUCGCCAGCAACGAGUUCGAAUCGCUGUUGGCCCAGUCUCACCGUUCCAUCCGGGUGGGAUGCAAACCUCCUCCCCUCGACGCACUGCCCUCAAAGGAUCGCCGGAUUGCACCGCCUCAAUCACCCAGCCUCAACCUCAAACGUCGAGAAGCAGACCUGCCGUCCGGCCUGCGAGCUCGUGAACCUCGGAAGACCAGGGCAACCUCCCCUUCCCCCGCUUGCAACUCGGUCUCCGCGCUGUGGAAGCCGUCGUACGAAGAGAAGGACAUGAUGACGCUCAGAAGCGGUCCGCUGAGCAAUUUCAUUGUGGAUGCUGCGUGUUCCGCUAUACAAACGGAUGCCGACACCACCAUCGGCAGCCAGGUCCAGGUCUGGUGUGCCCCACUCUUCUUUACAAUGCAGGGCAUACUCGAUUCCAACAGCCUAGGCCCGCAGUUCAAGAUGCCGGUCGCUGGACUGUACGAACUCGUCUCCACCAAAGCGAUGUGGUUCCUGCCAGUAGUUCAGGACGGAGGCCCCGACAACGCGGUCAUAGGUCACUAUUGGCUGAUCGUGCGAAUCGCUAGGAGACCGUCCGACUGGCUGAUAUUCGACAGCGCCCAAGGCUGUGGCAAACACGUCGAAUUCCUCGCAAAUCUGCGCCGACGCAUGAUCGCUCUUGGCUUCCCGACGGCCAUGCUGCCUACCGGAUACAUCAACAUGGUCACUCCGCAGCAGACAGACGCCGUUUCCUGCGGGGUGUUCGUCCUUCAAACGAUUCGCUCAUUGAUAAAAGCGAUACCGUUGAUGUCAUCGGUAGAGGCGAUCGAGCAUAUACAAGGUUGGGGCCCCGGCUGUGGUACCUCUUCUCUCUCAGACGCCCGGCAGCAGCUCGUCGAACUCAUACUGGGGGGGGACUAGAGGCCGCGUAUUCGGAUCCUUUCAGUUGUAUCGAUUCCUCAUCUUAUGUUCCUCACAAUGCGACACGCUUUAGCAGGGCCGAAAUCGACCUAAAUCGCACGCGCUAUCAGUAAAUUUACCGCUUACAGCUAUGGUGUGUCAAUGUGAUGAUCAAUUAUUGACGCAAUGUUGGUUCUCGGCGAC